AUGUCCCAACAAGAUGCGGAUGCAGACGCGCCCGCCCCCAUUGGAAACGCGCCCAACGUCCAGGACUUUGCCGUCUCAUCUGCCUCUGGCAACGCGACAAAUCCGUCUCGCUCAUCCUCCCCCGCGACAUCGCACAAGAUUCCGACACAGCCCUUAAGCGCCCCCGCGUUGCCGACCGAACCUGCUCGGGUCCACUAUGAUCUUCAUAUCAACACCAACGAGGCCGACUUUGUCCGCAAAGCUUCUGGCCCGGCUAGGUCUGAUACGCAGCUAUCCUACUCGCCCAUGACGAUACGCCGUCGCGACCGCGCCAUGACCUUCCGCAACGUCGAGGACUUUGAGGAUUACGAGCUGCGAACGGGUUGGCACCCGGGGGCUGAGCCGGGCGUCGAUCCGCGCAAGCCCAACGGUGGCCAUGAUUCGAUGCCGAACCUGGAACACCCGUGUCAGAUCACAGUGGUGGACUUUUCGCAGUCGCAUAUGGAGCAACAUACCCUCGACAAUGCGAGUCUCGUGAGAUUCCUGGACAAGCCACAGCCCAAGUGGUCAAAAUGCCGCUGGAUCAACGUGAAUGGACUGAGCUGGGACGUUAUAUCUGCGCUGGGGAAGCACAAGAACCUUCACAGGCUGGCCAUUGAAGAUAUCAUGAACACUCGGAACCGCACCAAAGCGGACUGGUUUGCAAACCAUGCAUUUAUCAUCCUUAGCCUGCAGAAGCUCGUCCACAUCGAAGACAGCGAGAGCGAAAGUUCCGACGACGACACGGAUCGUGAUGCGAGCGACACGAGCUCUUCAGGAAGCAAGAGAAAACUGCCCCAGAGGAUACGAAGCUGGUGGUCCAGCAAAGCGACCAAAAGCGAUGAAAAGAUCUCGUCUAUAAAGUCUAUGGAGAACGGGCUCGGUCUUGGUGAUCCAGAGCUUAAAAAGCAGCAGACAGGAUUCUCGCAAAAGUCAGAGCCCAACACCCUCCGGACCUUGCAGCGAUACCAUGGUGCCAAUGAUGUUCGGAGUGACUUCAUGGAGAAGUUUUCCGUUCUAGCCGAGAGAAAGCUUGCGGUGAUGGCCGAGCAAGUCUCCCUCUUUAUGACUAAUGAUAAUACGAUAAUUUCAUUUUUCGAAUUCUCUGCCCAGCAGGUUGAGGAGCCCAUUCUGGUUCGGCUCAGCACACCGGACACUGUUUUACGACAGUCGUGUGAUGCCUCCAUGAUCGGACAAGCUCUGCUAGACGCAAUCAUCGACCUGGCAAUACCACUCACGGGGAUAUAUGCCGAUGUGAUUGGGGACCUGGAACUUGAUGUGCUCACAAGGCCUAACAUUACUCACACCAAGAAGCUGUACAUCACAGUCGGCGAGCUGAACAAGAUAGUCAGCUUUGUGAAUCCCAUCAUAUCCCUGAUCAACUCGCUGCGGGAUCACAAGUCUGAACUCUUACACGAGUUCGCCGCGACUGAUUUGCAAAACCCAUCGACCGGUGUUGUCAUUACCCCCCUGACCCACACGUACCUGGGUGACGUGCUCGAUCAUGCCGUGCUCAUCGUCGAGUCGCUCCAGCAGCUGCGAACUCAGGCCGACGGUAUGAUCGGCCUCAUCUUUAAUACCAUCUCGGCUUAUCAAAAUGAGAGUCUGAAACAGUUGACGUUGAUGACUAUAAUAUUUCUCCCAUUGACCUUUAUCACUGGUUACUUUGGUAUGAAUUUUGAGCCUUUUGAAGUCCUGAAAUACGAUGUUCAGUAUUUUUGGAAAAUAGCCAUUCCUGCCGCCUUUGGGACCUGUCUGUUCGUUAUGAGGGAUAUUAUCUGGGAAAGCCUCACAUCCCUCAAGCAUAAGCACCUGGUAAUCCGCCUGAAGAAAGACAAAAAUCAGCGACGAAGACGGGCAAGGAGAAAGGCGAAAGCUGCAUAG